CAAACAAGCAUUUUUACAUUAAAAUUUUAUUUUAAUUUAUCUAUGAAAUAUUGAAUAAAAAGCUAAACAAUAAUGGCUUUAUCGAGAGCUCGUUCCAAUGAAAUACCGAAAGAUGCUGUUGUAAUUAGUGAGGAGCAAGCACUGACCUAUCAAUGGAAACUUAUAUCCAAUUGGGAAAAAUUAAGUGAAGUAUGGUCCCUCCGUUAUACUCCUGGAAUCAUUGCCGCAUUUGCCACUUUCACCGGUAUUUUUGUUAAUAAUCACUAUCGCCAAAAACUAAAAUUGGGCACAUAUGGCAGAUUCUCCACAUAUCUACCAAUUGUUGUUAUACCGGCAUUAUUUACACUAUCGUGUCAUAAAUUAUUUAUUCAACGUUCUAUAUUAUUAGAACCUAUGGGAGAGUGUCCAACUUGUGUUCAAAUGAGAGCUGCUGCAUUUCAAGUUGGUUUUGGUGUUAUUUAUCCCACUAUAUUGGCUCCCAUGGCUGCCUGUAUGUUCGCUACACGCCAUUAUACCUAUAGAUUACCUUCCAUUACGCAAAACCCAUUGGAAGUCUUACAGUUACUUAGAAAAUUCACCAAACCAAUUCUUCCUAUACUGGGUUCGAUUCUAGUUGGACAAUCAUUGGCUACCAUAUAUUUGACUUAUAAAGAACAAGAACAAAAUAUAAAGGUUUUAAUUAAUAUGAGAAAGUUUGAGCAGCAAGUGGAACAAGAGUUGGGAAUUUAGUUUUAAUGUCUUGUUAAAAUGCAUAUGAAUUUAUGUAAAUAUGUUAAAUAAAUUUAUUACAUAUAAAAA